CUGCUGGUCCCGGCUCUGUCACCUCACAGUAGUCGUUGCGGGUGGCGGGCGGGGGGCGCGAGCAGAGCAGGGCGGCAUCUCCCCCGCCCUUCUGGCCGGGCCCGGGCUCGGUCCCCCCACGCUCCUUCCGCUCCCUACCCCAGUCGGGUACGGGAAAGUCCAAGCCGCUGCCGAGUGCCAGAGGGACUUCGUGGCCGCUGCCGCCACGGGUCCUGAUGGAGCCGCCGAAUCUCUAUCCGGUGAAGCUCUACGUGUACGACCUGUCGAAGGGCCUAGCCCGGCGGCUCAGCCCCAUCAUGCUGGGGAAACAACUGGAAGGCAUCUGGCACACCUCCAUAGUUGUACACAAAGAUGAGUUCUUCUUCGGCAGUGGUGGUAUCUCCAGCUGUCCUCCGGGAGGGACAUUGCUUGGGCCCCCAGACUCUGUGGUUGAUGUGGGGAGCACAGAAGUCACAGAAGAAAUCUUUCUGGAAUACCUGUCCUCCUUGGGGGAGUCUCAGUUCCGAGGUGAGGCCUACAACCUCUUUGAACACAACUGUAACACCUUCAGCAACGAAGUGGCACAGUUCCUGACCGGGCGGAAGAUCCCUUCUUACAUCACUGACCUUCCUUCUGAAGUUCUAUCCACCCCCUUCGGACAGGCCCUGCGGCCUCUCCUGGACUCCAUCCAGAUCCAGCCUCCUGGAGGGAGCACCGUGGGCCGACCCAAUGGCCAGAGCUAACAGGACUACAUGGGACCGCCCUGCCUCACCAGGGCUUUUCCUUUUUAAACAAAACAAACCCUACCAGAUUUCUAUUUUAUAAUUUUACAUCAGAGCUAACAACCAGGGGACAGCUUUUUAAAAUUUCCCAGGAAAGGAGAUCAUCAAGCUGCAUGUGGGACAAUGCUGCUAAGAAACAGAACAAAACGCCGUCCCUUCUAAUAGUAUUACACUAAUUUAUUAAGGCUGUCUUGUCUGUGAGUUCACUCGUGACGCUGUUUCCUAAGCGUCCUCCACGCUCGAGGAAGGGAGAGGGUUUGUUUAAGCAGAAAGCAGGAAGCACAGUUUGGGGGAGCCCCAACCUAAAACCUCUUUCCAGAGAAUGCCCUUGCUCUACUCAGGUUGCCACCACCUGUGGGGACCAGGUGAGUUUUACAACAGCCACGACCUGGAAGCAGUUCCUCUUGUGUUAAGCAAACCAAAGGAGUUGGUGUACGUGGAACCAGUUUCAGGAUGACUCACCCAACCUAAGUGAACUGUAGCCACAUCCUGCGUCACCUUCCCUCCACUACCGCAAGCGAGGCCAUGGGCCCAGAGCUGGAACAGCCAGAAGCCUCAGGAUCGAGGGAGAAGGACAGCAAGUGUCAGGCAGAGAAAACAAGAUAAAGCCAUUCCUCCUUCCUCCUAGACUGAGUGCCAACCUCUGACAUCAACUUUGGAGAACCUGCCUUGCUGCCUACAGGCUGCGCUUCCUCGGCAUGGCUGACCUGUCGUAACUGAGGCAGGUCUGGGCUGGAGCAGCAGAGCCCAGGCCUUUUGUCUGCAAGUAGUAAUGUAGGUUAUUGCGGUCACUGUACCCAGCCAGACCAGUGCAGUAUUCAGCUGGGGACCAACGGGAAGGGUUCCCUGCUCCAGGAAAAUGUCCCUGACAUAGAAUAAUAAUGCAGAAUCAAGGUGGCAAGAAAUUUUGGGUUGUUUCUGAUAGGAAUGUGUACAUUAUCCUAAAUGUGUUUUGAAGACACGUGUUGUUUCCAUUGUCUUUCUGACCCUAAAGAAGCAUGGUGGGGGUGCGUGUUAUGAGCUGCUGCUGAGAACUUAGGCAGGGAACAGUUUGGAAGCUUCUUACAUAGAGAGGCUUUAAGAUUUCUCUUUCUUCACUUGAGCUUCCCCUUAAGUUAGUUUUUGGGAAAGUGAGGGUGGAGAGAGGACUCAGCUGCCAGGCACCUGGGGCCAGCUCUGGCAUUGCCCCUCUUGCACUCCUCCUGCCAUGUCUCAGACUUGAAUUAGUUGUCUUUCCUGGGGUCUGGCCUGCAGCAGGUGCCUUUCCUCUCCACAAGCUGCUGCUCCCCUCUGGCCACCUCUCCUGCCUGUGCCAUCAGCCAAAGCAGUUGGCAUCAUCAGGGGCUCAGCUAAAGGGGAAAUGUUAUUCUGCCUCAGUUUUGCCUGUGACCUGAGCAGGGGCACAUCCUUAAUGACCAGCUGUGAUGUCAAGUAACAUUUUGCAACUUUUAAGAUUGGAAGCCAAACCAAUGAGCAGUUGAAUUCUUCUCAAGACCCACUGAUUUACCAGAAGGCAUGAUAGCGAUACAUUAGAGCAGAAACGGGCAGGUCUUAUGCUCAAUCUUCACUGACUGGCAGAAUGGCCAUGGAGAAUAGGUUUCAGGCUGGCUUUCUCCUGGGAGGCAGUAUGUUGGUCCAGGCCAUCGCUUCGCUUCCUAUGUGGGUUUCUCUCCUUUUCCAACUUGCCUUGCCCAGCCCUCUCUCCACCAGACUCUGGCUCCAGACCUCUGCCCACAGAGCUCUAGCCAGAGGGUGUGGGCAUCACAAGCUCCUUCUCUGUCCUCCAUCUCCAGGCCUAACUGGUUUCACUCCUCCCAGCGGUCACCUUCAGACCGAGGGCUGUACUAAAAAAUGGCUCCCCUAAGAGACUUUGAGUCACUUGGCUCAUUGAAAGUCCCCUUCAUGCCCAGCAGCCAUUUGUGCCAAUGCCUGUGCCCUAGGGGAGAGACAGGGAUCAGUAAGCCAUCUUCUCAGAGCCCUGCAGGAAAGCAAGCUCUCACUCCCUCCUCCACCCGAGUCCCACCGGCACUAACUCAGAAGCCCAGGCUCAGGCUUCUCCCCACCCCAACCCAUCCUCACAUUUCUCUGUCUCCCAGCACCUCAGGAGCGUGUCCAUUGUGCCCAGCCAUCUCCACAUGGGUGUACACAGGCAGCCAGAGUGACAAGUGAGCCAUGUGUGCCAUUGUAGUGCAUAGCGGACCCCUCCGUAGAGGUCCACUAGUUUAAAGGGACAAGGAAGAAGGAGGAAUGAGACCGGCACCCCUACCAGAAAUAAAGCUUGUACCUUUAAGAUUCCUUUUGCCCUUGAAGUCAAACUAAUAACUGUUUAGUAAGGAGGUGUUUGCUGGUUUUCUUUGUUGUUUUUUCUAAUGCAAUAAACUCACUCUGCCUGCUG